AUGGCUUUCCUUAAUGGAAAUUUAACCAAGGAUGUGUAUAUGACACAGCCUGAGGGUUUUGUCGAUCCAAAGAAGUCUAGCAUGCUAUGCAAGCUUCAGAGAUCCAUUUAUGGAUUAAGGCAAGCAUCUCGGAAUUGGAACAUUCGUUUCAAUGAAGGGGUCAAAGAGUUUGGCUUCAUCAAGAACUACUGUGAUCAUUGUGUAUUCAAGAAGCCAUUGGGUCGUCGCCACCACUGGGACGCCCACCACCACAUGCUCGGCCACCUGGCGUCGAUCAUCACCAAGGAGCUGCUCAAUGGGCAACGCCUGGUGGUGGUCCGCUUCGAGGAGAUUUGCAUGUCCGGCGGUCUCGUCCACCAGAAUAUGAAAUACCUCCACUUCCUCCGCAAGAGGAUGAACACCAAGCCCUCCCACGGCCCCAUCCACUUCCGCGCCCCGGCCAAGAUCCUUUGGCGCACCAUCCGUGGUAUGAUUCCGCACAAGACCGCGAGGGGAGAGGCCGUGCUCGCCAAGCUCAAGGCGUAUGAGGGCGUGCCGCUGCCGUACGACAGGACCAAGCACAUGGUCAUCCCCGACACACUCAAGGUUCUAAGGCUGCAACCUAGGCACAAGCACUGCCUCCUCGGCCAGCUCUCCAAGGAGGUCGGAUGGAACUAUGCCGACACCAUCAGGGAGCUCCAGGCCUAA